AUCGCAAUGGCGACAGUCUCUUCUGAUCCACCAAAACGCUCCUUUGCAGAUAUCGCUGCGUCUGUAGCGACAGGAGACUCCACGGGUCCAUCCGCAAGCCGAUCGACAAUGCAGUCAAAGGACCACUCAGCCGCCAGUACAACUUCAGUGGCUGGCAAGCCCACCUCGCCCUCGCCGCAACAGUCUUCGUCGCCGCCAGUCUCAUCCUCGCAGUCGCCUGGCUCGCCAACACAUGCUGCUCCUGGAGAAGAGGUAACCAAGGGUGUGACAAAGAUCGCUGCUGGCAAAUCUGAAGGUGCCAACCACGGGGCCGCCGGAGCCCAAGCUGUCAACUCAUCUGCUGCCGUCCGAUCUUUGGUCUUUAGCCGGGCGAGCGGCUCAGACGAUUCUCAAAAGGCUGAUUCCAGCUCGGAUCUGGGCACCAAACCCCCUAGUCUCGAUGGUAAAAGUAUCACUUCCGGUACCACUUUUGCUCUUGAUGAAAAGGAGUCUCUCCGUCCCGAUGACAGCGCUAGUGUCAAGGCUGCUGCCGAGGAUGACGACUCUUUCUCGAUCCGAGGGUCUCUGAUUGCUGGGUCUCGGAUGAGUUCAGAUUUCGCCGCCAGAACCAGAGGUAUUCAGCUAGGCGAUAUGCCGGAGCGCCAAUUGGUGCAACCAGUGGUCGAAGCCCACGGGCAAGGCAUCCUCACGCCUCAAAGCACAUCGUCUGAGCAGCCUCCUCAGGAUUCCUUGAGGAGCACAGGCGGAUCAUCAGAUGCCUUGAAUGUUAUUUACAGACAAGCUCCCGAUGAUAAACUCCUGGAGGCCCUAGCGGCUCCCAGAGACAGACUUUUCCUGCUGAGAUUGGAGAAGGAUGUCAUUGAUUUCGUACAGGAUUCCAAGGAGCCAUAUAUCGAUCUUCCUCCGUCAAACUCGUUCUGUAGAAUGCUAACUCAUAAGCUGGCUGAUUACUACCACAUGACGCAUUCUUACGAGCGGAAUCUUGGUGCUGUUCGCAUCUUCAGGACGCCCUUUUGCCGAGUACCGCCCUCUUUGGCCACAAUGGUUCCGCAAACCACUGUUGUGGUUAGCAGCACUCCCCCCCCAGCAGUUCUCCCCAGGAAGAUCAUGCGCCGAGGACAGGAUGAGGAGGGCGGUGCCGCUAGCACAGGGGCAUCCAAGGCCACCUCUGAGAUUGGGAGCGAAUCAAAGGACAAGCAGCCGCUAGCAGCUCAAAAGCUGUCUCGAGAAGAGCGAGAAGAGAUCUACAAGGUGGUUCGACAACGAAUCUUUGGCAGCACCGAAGACACAACAUCCGUCGACGGCGAAACUGGCAUAUCCCGGACGAGCUCCGUUUCCGCCAAUAGGUCCUCUACCAGUAAAAAGGGAAAGACACCUAUCAAACAGCGACGGGACGAUGAUGCCGAUGGUUUCGACUCCAGACGCCAGUAUGCCCCUUACUGGGGCUCUCAGCAACAAACAUGGGUUUCUCAAGCGCCCAACCAGUAUAUGCCUCAGGCCAGCGCGCAGUUUACUCCUCAGCCUGCCCCGUCUUAUCCUGCUCAGGUGGCGCCCAUGUAUGGCCAGCAGCCCGGAUAUCCUGCUGUGCAAGGAAUGGCAUCGAAUGCAGCUCCGCAGUAUCAGGUUCCUGCCCAGUAUGCGCCGCAGCCCGUUCAGCAACGAUACCCUCCAAACGCAAGCCCAAUGACAGCGUAUGGCUCGCCGAUCCUACCCGGCGCCCUCCCUUCGCAAAACUGGCAACCCGGCUUCAGUCCGGCCCCUUACCCGCCCCGGGGCCCUACGCCCAGCGGCCCUCACUCACAGAAUGGCAUCCCCUACCCAUUCGGCCAACUGCCGGCCAACACCAACCCUCACGAUCCCAAGAGCCAGCACCCAAUUCCUGGAAGCUACAAUAGGAACCAUGCUUUCAAUCCAAAGACUCAAUCUUUUGUGCCGGGAUCGAACGGCAUGCCGCCGCCACCGAUGCAGCCUCCCCACCCGCCCUUUACGGCCCCGGGCUCUCACCACAGCAGCCCUCAGAUCGGGACUCCUCAUCUGGCGUACGGUGGCUAUCCACCGGCGAUGCCUCCUCAUCCGUACGCCGGUGGGUAUAACAUGGCUCGGCAGGGUUCAAACAGCUCCAUUGCCGCCUAUCACACUCCGCCAACCCUUGUCGCCCACCACGUCCAGCAGCUGCCGACGAUGCAAAGCCUGCAACACAUACCACCACCCCAGCAUCUAUCCCAGGGCCCGCAGGCACAUGCUCUGGGACGAGCAAACAUCCCUCAAGGACCGAACCAAAUGUUUAGUAGUAGUCACUUACCUACAUACGGCAAUCCCGCCUCACUGCCGCAGAAACCGGCCACUGGAAUUUAA